CACAACAACAACCAACCAACAGCGAACAACCACCAACAGCAACCACCGCUCUCCCGCUCACUCGACUUGACUCGCACGCGCAUUCCCGCUUGCACUUCCACUGCAUCUCCCGCUCACUCCGCGCCUCACUGCACGUGUUUGGGCAUGGAGGAAGGUGGCCCACGGACGCCGCCACGCCGUCGCCGACGCAGACAGUUCAGGGAGUCCGAGGCAGACAGUGGGGACCCAUCGACCCACGCUCAGCCGCAACCCGUCCCACAUGAGCCGCAGGAGGAGAUCGAAGGCGAAGCCGAUCGCGCACCACCUCCGUCCGUGUCACAGGAGAAGCCGGUCAGGCCGCGCCGCAGGCGCCCCUUCUCCGCAUCAUCUCCACCCACCGCCUCAGGCCCUGUCGCACCCACUGGUGGUGCGGAACAGCCGCCAUCGUCACCACAGUACAGCGGGGACGGUGAUGGCCCUGGCGAUCACGACGCCGCCCGCAUCUCGCCAAUCGAUCCCACUGCGCACGAGGAUGACGCGUGGGACUUUGCUGACGACAUUGACAGCGCGCACGACGAGGCUGCGCAGGCCCACGACCACAACCACGAGCACGAACAACAACAUGAGCAGGACCAGGAGCAUGAGUAUCAGCUGCACCAGCAUCAGCAGCAGUCUGGGAUGGGGCACGGCAGCAGCCAUCGGCAGCACGCGGAAGACGAGCCAGCGGCGCACACGCAGGCAUCUGCCACCCACACUCACUCCACAACCGUCGACGCCGCUGUUGGUAAAAGCAACACGGACCCCGACAUGGACCCUGGUUCUUGCGGUGACGACACUCCAUACACAGCCCCCAUCGCAACAAGCACAACACACGCAACAAGCACAACGCACGCAACAGCACGAACGCAAGCAGUGCAACAAACAAAACAACAAACACCGCCCACGGCUGAGUUGACUGCUGCAGCAACAGUGGAGGGACGGGCGAGCGGCAAGCGGUCUGGGAGCAAGCACGGUGCCCCUCGCCGAUUGCUGUCGGCGAUCAAGGGAAGUCUGACGCGUCGCGGAAAGGGCACCAAAGGCAGCAAAGGCCACGCAACGACCACAAACGCCACGAGUGCCGCUACCACCACCACUGCUGCAACUGCUGCAACUGCUGCAACUGCUGAUGUGACAAGCACCGCCACCACGAGAAGCAGCAACACAAGCAACAGCAGCAACGCGAACAACAGCAAUGGCAGCAGCGUCAGCAGCGUCAACAGCACGACAAGCAAGGGUGGUGGUGGUGGUGGUGGUGGUGUGAAGGACGCAAACAUGGAGGUGGUGCAGCGCAUGCGACAACAGCACGCCCAAGACCUGCUGGACGAACAGGAGCUUGGGGCAAUUGCGUACGAUUCGACGCCAAUCGAAAUGUCGUCGCGCAUUCCACUCGCCAUUCGCCGAUGCAUCGAAUACAUCGCAGACCCACGAGCGUUGCGAGAGGAAGGUCUGUUCCGGGUUUCUGGAAACAAAGUCCAGAUGGACGAUCUAAACGCGAAAUUUGCAGCAGGCGAGGAUCCGCCCCUUGCAGGCAUCAUGGACCCAAACACUGUCUGCGGCCUCCUCAAACUCGCCCUCAGGGAGACCGAGUUGCCUGUGGACCAAAAAUCCGCCGAUCGCCUCCUCCGCGCAAUCGCCGGCGCGCACACGCACGACCGCCAGCUCCGCCGCGUCAGGAAGGUGCUGGCAUCGCUGACGCCGCUGCGUUUUGAAACGUUUGAGGCGCUGCUUCUCCUCUUUAGGAAAGUGGUUGGAUGGAAAGGAAACAAAAUGACCGUUCGCAACCUCAGCACUUCCAUAGGCCCAACCAUCUUCCCCUCCCUCGCAGCACAGAACUGCGCGAAGAUUAUUGGAUUUCUUCUCCGAAACUUCGCUGCUGCCUUUGAGGACAUUGAGCCGCUGGGCGCAAAGCCGCCGACACUGUCACGGCAGCAGCAGCAGCAGAUGGGCACCAGUGAUGGUGGUGAUAGCGACGAGGAUGCGAGACGAGUAUCGAACACACAACCGUACGAGCAACCACAACAGCAACAACAGCGCGGUGGCGGUGAUGGUGUGGGUGCGAAUGAUGGUGAUGGUGGAGAGGGUGAGGAAGCGAGGUUGCGGCGGCUCGUGCUCCAGGACACACAAGCGCGGCAGCAGGCACCCAUGCUCCGGUUCUAAACAAACUGACACUCUUCUUGGUGUGUGUGUGUGUGUGUGUGUGUGUGUGCAUGUUGUCGUGCUCAAGAUUGCUGGCAAACAACACACUUGUGCGUUGUUGUCUCGUGUUGCAGGCAACCCCUCUUGCUUGGUUCCCUGUUUCACCGUUUUGCUCCUUGGCUCACUUCCCCUCCUCUCCCCGUCUCUUCCCUGCCUGAAUGCUUUGUUUGCUGACCCACCCACCACGCUCCAAGUGCAUGCGUAUGGGGCUUGUUGUUGCUGUUGCUGCUGCUGCUGUUGCGUCUGCGUGCAUGCCAUUUCUUGUAUUCAAUCUAUUGUUACACGCCAACCCUCCAAUACAAGCCAGCAACAUCGAGC